AGUGAAUUAAAUUCUUUUUUUGCUCUAACGCUGAUAUUAAAUCCGAAUGUUAAAUUUUUCAGGCAUGAGAUCGUCGGCGUGGUGACUGAAGUUGGAGCCAACGUGACUAAAUUCAAAACCGGAGACAACGUCGGAGUUGGGUGCUUGGUCGGCUCGUGCGGGUCAUGUGACAACUGCACCGAAGGCAUGGAAAACUACUGUCCAAAAUUGAUCCAAACGUACGGAUUCAAGUACUACGACGGCACCAUAACAUGUGGUGGUUACUCCGACCACAUGGUUUGCGACGAAGGUUUCGUCAUUCGUAUUCCCGACAAUCUUCCCAUGGACGCUGCCGCGCCGCUACUAUGCGCCGGGAUCACGGUCUAUUCCCCUAUGAAGUAUCAUGGGCUCGACAAACCCGGUAUGCACAUCGGUGUGGUAGGAUUAGGCGGUUUGGGUCAUGUAGGAGUGAAAUUUGCCAAGGCUAUGGGUUGUAAAGUUACGGUUAUCAGCACUUCGGAGGGUAAGAGAGACGAGGCGAUUAAUCGGCUUGGUGCCGAUACCUUCUUGGUGAGCCGUGACCCGAAGCAGGUAAAGGAUGCAAUGGGGACUAUGGACGGUAUAAUUGAUACUGUAUCUGCGACUCAUCCGCUUCUUCCAUUGCUCGGUUUGCUGAAGCAAAAGGGAAUACUUGUUAUGGUUGGUGCACCGGUGAAGCCACUCGAGCUACCUGUCUUGCCUCUCAUCUUUGAGAGGAAGAUGGUAGUUGGAAGUUUGAUAGGAGGGAUAAAAGAGACUCAGGAGAUGAUGGAUAUGGCCGCGAAACACAACAUCACGGCGGAUAUUGAGCUUAUCUCUGCGGAUUAUGUCAACACCGCCAUGGAGCGGCUUGAGAAGGCCGACGUUAGGUACCGAUUUGUGAUUGAUGUUGCCAACACUUUGAAGCCUUCUCCUAAUUUAUAAGUCACACUUAACAUUAAAAUUUCCCCAAAGCUGUUUUUUUAUUUCCUUUGUUUGGUUUGUCGUAGUAUUUAAGUUUCGUGUUGGUUCCUGGGGAGGUUGUAUGACUGUGUGGUAUGCUU